AUGGGAUUCAGGAUGGAGGAUUUGCCUGAGAAGUCACAAAAUGGUGGCACAAUUUCCAGCAUCCUCUCUCCCAGCUGCGCCGGCGAUGACCCCUUGUUGACCUUGUCCUCCUACCUAAACUGCCUCACCAGGCGGACGCCGCGCACCACCGGGGAGCUUGUGUCGUACUUCCAUCAUUUUGGCAUGGAGUUGCACAAUUAUGCGUCAAAGUCAUUGUCUCCACUGGGCUCAUCCCUCUCCACUCCACAUCCCGACUGCCCCGACUGGGACCAUCUCAAGAACUCGGACCUCCAAGCUGUCAGUGGCAUCCGAGGCUCCGAGUCCCUCAUAUCCAAACACAACUCCAGCCACGACAAUGACCAUCCCCGUACCCUGUCCACACUGGUCGGCUGCGGUAGUGACCCUGACAACUGCCUUCCGCAUUGCUCGCCCAUCACCUACCGGGCAUAUGCCCUGUACUCCCAGACCUUCUCCCACACCUACCUCAGCUGGACGGUGUACCUGCCGGACUUACUGCGGGAGUCACUCGAAAAACUACAUUAUGAUCUCAAGAAGCAUGCUUAUGCCAAGUGCCCGUCCCUCCACCUGUGUUCCACUGCCCCGCCCCUCCUCUACUUACACGGGUUCACGCCGCCGGAGGUGGGAUCGCAGCCGAAGCUCACGUGCUCUGAUAUCAUUUCUAAGCUGAAGGAAAUUGUCAACGGUGGGCCUAUCGCAUCACUCAUGACCGCCAUGGACAAUUUCCUCUACGGCAUCCGGGAGCCAUUCAUCUUCACACUCGUGGCACUGUGGUCUCUCGCAUUCCUCAUCUUCGCCAACACGAUGGUAUACCGCCUGGACAUACUCCACAUCCGAUCACACCUUAUCCGCACCAAGGCGUCUCACCGUCUCGACGUCAAGGCCUUACUCACGAAAGGCCGGAAGAUGCUCUCACUUUACAAGGACGUCGACUAUUUCGACGAGGACCCCAUUGGUCAACUUGUUCUUUAA